AGGCGCAUGCGGCGUCAGAGCACGCAUGCACCUGGGCGGACGCGGGACACUCUGGGUAGCGUAGUUCUCGUCCCGCCUCAGCGCCCCGCUCUGCUCACGGGACUGCCUUCCCGCCUCAAUUACUUUCUGUUAAUUGCUGCCCGUGAGCUGCCGCGAAGGACCGUUGUUGCGUCCGGGGCGCCUUCGGUCCCUGCCGUGCUUCCCCGGCGCCGCCGCCACAGCCGAGGGCUCUCGAGGCGUUGCCUGGAGACGGGCGCGAGGCCGGGGACGCGUGCUGGCGGCGGCAGCGGCUCCCGCGCCGCGCCCCCAACGGACCCCGCUGACAGGCGCAGCGGCCUGUCUUGUACUUUUCCGUUGCGGACCCUGGUGGGGAAAUGGUAGUGGAGAAAGCGGGCUCAGGCUCCUCACAGCCCGUAGGUGACAGGUGCCCCCAGCAGCAGGAGCCAGGGCACGCGAAGAAAAGCAAGCAGCAGGUCUCCGAUGGAUUCACUGUUAAAGCCAUGAUGAAAAACACUGUGGUAAGAGGGCCUCCACUUGCAGGAGCAUUUAAAGAAAGACCGACAAAGCCCACAACGUUUCGCAAGUUUUACGAGCGAGGAGACUUCCCAAUUGCCCUUGAGCAUGAUACUAAAGGAAACAAAAUUGCCUGGAAGGUAGAGAUUGAAAAGCUGGACUAUCAUUACUACCUACCUUUGUUUUUUGAUGGGCUUUGUGAAAUGACAUUUCCAUAUGAGUUUUUUGCUCGUCAAGGAAUCCAUGACAUGCUGGAACACGGUGGAAACAAGAUCCUUCCUGUCAUUCCUCAGCUCAUUAUCCCAAUAAAAAAUGCACUGAACCUUCGCAACAGACAGGUCAUCUGCGUCACUCUCAAAGUCCUCCAGCACCUGGUGGUGUCAGCUGACAUGGUGGGGAAGGCCUUGGUGCCCUAUUACCGGCAAAUCCUCCCCGUCCUAAACAUCUUUAAGAAUAUGAAUGUUAAUUCAGGUGAUGGGAUAGACUACAGCCAGCAGAAGCGUGAAAACAUCGGCGAUCUGAUUCAGGAGACACUGGAAGUCUUUGAACGCUACGGUGGAGAAAUUGCUUAUAUAAACAUUAAAUACAUGAUCCCCACUUACCAGUCAUGCAUAUUAAACUGAGUGCUAUCAAAUGAGAUGAUUCCACUUGUGUUCAGAAACCCCUGUAUCUGACUCUGUAUGGCAUCUUGUUAGUCAUGCUUUUUUCUCUGCAGCUGCUAAAAGAGUGGCUUCUGGGGCAUUAGAGUGGUAGCACUAUUGUGAAUAAAGCUUUCCAAUACAUAAAUAGUGCCUGUUCCUUUGAUUACAA